ACAAAAUACACACAUAUAUAUAUAUAUAUAUAUAUAUCAUAUGCACAGGUAUAUCUCGAAAUCGUCUGUUUACACGGGGCUAAUUAUAACGAGCGCCGCCUCGACUUGGCCAGGCUAAUGACGGAAUCGAUCUAAUAAUACACACGGCGCGAUCCAAAUGUCGCGCCUCGACGAUAUUAUAUUAUGCGCUCUGUUGUCAUUUUUUAUAUCAUAUAGGUGCAUGAUCGUCUCCGUUAUCGCGCGCGCAGACGUAUACAGGUGAGCUAUUGCAGAAUUACAGAUUCGUCAGUUACCGACCGGAUGAUUUGAAUUUUCGCUAUUUUUCUCUUUUAUAUAUAGAUACACUUGGUAUGCAUAGAGAUUAUAACGGCUUUAUUUACUCCCACAGCAAAUUUUUCCGCGUAAACGCGUCAAGCGCGCAUUGCGAAACAAAAUCGAUUUUCGGCAGCAAAACUCGCGCAAAGAUCAUAAAAAAAAAAAAAAAAAAAAAAACGUCCAAAUAACGAGGCGACCGCCUGUCGGUGAGUGUCGAGUGUAUAUAUACAGAUAUAGCACACACACGCGUUACCGCAAGCUGUUUGCUCGGCUUUUUUUCCUGUUUCUUUUUUCUUUCUCUUCCGCCGCGCGCGCGAGAUAUAUCGGACAACGAUUUCUGCGGCAAGUAUAUACGAGGCGAAUUUUUCACGCGCGAAGACGAACAUGUGCCAAGGCUCUCGAGGCGGGCUUUUUCAUCGUCGCCGUAAAUUUUAUUGCGGGUACGCACGUACAGUGUUAUGAUUCGCGGCUAAUCAGGUGGCUUAUCCGUGAUAAUUAUUUUGUGUUGAAAUGCUUUUUAACGAUUAAGGGACACUUUUCGACCAGCUUCAUAACUCGUGCAUACGCAGCGCACAUUCGUAAGAAAUUUUUUACGAUCGCUCGCGGAAAAUUUAUUCUAGCCGUAAAAAUCUUGCUGAGCCGCGAUGCUAUAAAAAAUGUUUGUUCUUAGCACUGCGGGCUUUAUUAUGUUUGUCGUGUGAUGACACGUGCGCGCGUCGUUUGUAUUAUGUGAUUUAUAACAGCUCAAUACGCAAUCUUUGCUAUGUUAUUUAUUUCCAAACAGAUAAGAUAUUACAAUACACAUCGAUUGUCAUCGUAAAUAUCGUAGAGAAAUAAUAAGUAUAUACACGAGUCGAAAUUUUUCGUUCUAGGCUACGAAAAAUAAUACCCAUCGCUUUUCCAAUUCUUUUGCGCAAAAACUCCAGGGAAUAAACUCACUCGUAAACGCGUAUAUUUAUACCGAGUCAUUUUUUUCCCCUUUCUUUGGCUUCCUUUUUGCCCUACGCGUACAAUACAUCCUCGUCCCUUUUACAGCAUUCCUAUCUUUUUUCUUUUUUUCACUUCUAACUUUUUGCAGCUUUCGCUGGUAUACCUAUAUGUUAACUUUUCCGUGACUACUCCUACUUACGCUUUACGCAUACGUACAGGCCGCUUCGUAUAUUUGUAGAAAAUAUACUUUGCGCGCUUUUAGUAAGCAUCGGAAUAACAAGUAUUUUUGAAAAAUUCAUUCCUGCAGCUAUUCCGACAUGCAGAUUACAUUUUUUUAUUAACAUCAUGAUUUUUUUCUCAUAUAAAAUAAAAAUUUAUCUGCGAGCUCGCAAAAUUGAAAAUACACCCGCAGUGAGUCAGCACCAUGACUCACGUAUGCCAUAUAGUCUGUGUAUACGGUAUAUUUUUUGAAUUUAUGAUACGGCUGGAUAAGCUUUGCGUGCCGAGUAUAUUCUGGAUCCCAACAAAUUUUAUUCAUAUUUUCUAUCGCAAUCAAUUGUAAAACAAAGCAUAGCGACAUCUCCUACUCGACUCAUUCCAAAUAUAACUCAAAAAUGUGUGCCUCGUUCCAAAGAGGUGCAGCGCAGCUCGCUCGUAAAAACGAAAAUAUAAGGGAUGCUCUCGACGCUGUGUCACGUUCCGUUGAAACGCGCAUCGUCUGUAAUAAUUCUACCAAGGAGAAUCAGGGCAUAUCUGCCUGAUUAAUACACAAUUGACAAUUUCAACCGAUCAGGACAAAAAUUUGCACAUGUUAUAACGUAUAUCGCGAGAAAGAUUCUGUCGAAAUCGUUUUCUACCGCGGCUAAUACGCAUACGAGUCGAAUUUAAAAAGUAUGGCACACGUGGCGUGCAAAAGGAAAGCAAAAUAUUAUGCCCGUCACAUAUCGCAUAUUAUACUCGCGCGUGCACCGUCUCUCUCUCUCUGCGACAGAAGGCCUUACAAGGUCACCAGGCGGUUCUCCUUAUUUGCAAAGCGUACAUACGCAAGUAGCUCGCCGCGGUUGACGAUAUGUCCCUUAAGCAGUCGAUAUGCCUAAAAAUAAAAAUGGAAAACACGGAUCGUUCGACAGACUCAACCCCGAGUCCGGACAUCCUUAUACGCGCGUACGUCCCUUUAUAUUUAUACAUUAUAUACACGAUCUGUAGUAUAUAUAGGUACUUCCAGUCUCGGAGGAAUAAACGUCAUGGGCGUGAGUCAACGCGACGGGGCAUCUCAUCGGCGCGUGAAUGAAUUUUCUGCGCCUGCAGCGCUCUCGAUCGAAAUCGUGCGUUUGGUUUUGCAUUUUGCCCAGUAUUGCGCCUCUUGUAUACACUGCUUACGCGUUUUGUAACGAAGCGAUCGAUGAUUUUGCAGGGAUUUUAUACAAUGAAAAUAUUCAAUUUGAAUUCGUUCCGCUUGGUUAUUAAUUCUCGUUUAAAAAUCAUAAGGUCGAGCGAUUGAACGCGCCGAAGCGAUAUCGAGCUCUCGUUUUGUUUAUAAUAGAAAUAUACCACUUUGAAAUUUAUCGUAUCAGCUCUAAUUGGAAUUAGAAACUGCGUAAUUGCGGUCGUAUUCGAUAGACUUACGCUCGAUCGGCUGCAGCAAACGGUUCUAUAGAGGCGUACGUAAAAAUUAUAUCUAAUCGAAUCCAAGUUAAAAGUAGCUCCGUGAAAUGCGUAUAGUACAUACACGAGAGCGUAUUCAAAACAGAAUGAGAAUAGGUAUAUAGGUGACGUGCGCGAUUGCGCGCAGUAGAUAAUGGCCGAAGCGCGUCAGACACACGUGCGAAGUGCUUUUCUAAAAAUAAUUUUUACGAUAGAGAGGCGUUGACGUAAACAUUUAAAUCCUUCGGGAGCACAGCUCGUGUAUUAUUUUUACCUAUAUAUGAUCAGGGGAAUUCGCAAGUUUGAUAAAUAAUAUUGUCACGCUAUAGCUACCGUAUGAGCUGUUUUAAUUUUAAUGGACGAACUGAAGCAGAAAAGCGCGGGAAAUUCGUCGAAUGUAAAAAUAAACACCAUUUCGGCUUGCCGGCGAAUAACCGCAAAUCCGCGGCUUUCCAACUGUAUAUUCGCGCAAACGCAGAUCGAUCGCGAAGGAAAACAAAACCGGCAAAGUCCUGAUAAACGGAUAAUACAGGCCAGUGUCUCACACUCGAUAGAGUUAUCGCUAGUGAUUCGCACGCGUCCCUAAUUCUCUUUAACCGCUCAUUAGCGCCUUCGAUCAUUGAUAAAGUUUCUCGAUCGUUUGAACGUCAGUCGAAAAUGGUGACCAAAUUCGAUUAUCGCGUACCUCGACGAGAAAGCGUGAGAUACGAUUAUUCGAAUUCCCUGGCAGUGGCUAUCGCCUUCUGCUCGCUCUGGCUUCUUUGCAGGCUUAAGAAACGUUGGCUCACCAAUGCACAGCGUUCGCUGUGCAACAGCAUCGCGGAGACGUGGAAGAGGUAUAAAAAAGUUGAAAAUUUAGCUCGAGCAGUCGACGGUACAAAACAAAUAGUUACACCCAUCAAAGCAGAGGUCGAUCAUCCGAAAAACAGCAAUAGUUCGAACGAGCCUGCACAAGUAGCUAGCACGAACGACCGAUUAAACACCACUUCGUUUUUCGACAUCAACAAUUUGUUUGCCCAGAUGACAGAAAGAAGUCUGACGAUAGAGAAAGUCUAUCUGCGGAAGCAUCUGCUGACCUCCGAGAUGAAGCUCUACGCGUCUAUGAGACAAACAAUGGAGGUUCGAAAAAUGCUGCUCCGCGUCAAGGGAAACGAGAUGCCCAUCGGAGAAUCGCCGAUGAAGGCGUCCCUCGCUCAGCGGAGACGCUCUUCUUUCUUCGAUCGUUCGACCAAGGUACGAUGCAAGUAUUCGAAUGUUAGAGCCAGAGACGGGAAUGGCAAUUCGAGGAAGCCGGAAUCGACGCGGAGUCUCAAGGAUGAUGUGCGUUCGAGUGAGCUCGUCUCGUUCGUAGCCAAGAUGAUCAAUCAGAAGGACGAAGUGAUCGAGAAACUGCUGCAACACACCGAAGAGAUUCUCGAGCUGAACGAUAACAUGCGUCGGGAAAACGAGCGAAUUACAAUCGAAUUCAUCCUUUCAAGUUUCAAACCAACGCGAUCGUCGCCAGCCUCGUCCUCGUCGGACUUCGGCAUCAGCAGCAGCUCGACUGCCCUAUUAUAAUCUCGUAUGUAAGAAUGCAUGUAGCAACGAUCAGCCAAGGAAGCCGGCCGGCGUGCAACGAUGAGCAGCAGCUUACACGCGCGGAGCAUUGACCCGCGCGGCGGCAAAGAAGUGUCUGCGGGUAGAACUGGAAAUCAAGGUGAGCCUGCAGGCUCUGACUGGCCGAGACUUUCUAUUUAUAGACGUGCAGUCGGCGCGCCGUUCUCUAUGGGUCCUGGCUACUUGUUGACUGCUGGCUAUAUAUAGGUGUUAUUGUAUAUGCAACAUUACUGGGUCAAUCGAUUCGGUCGAUUUAUCCUGGACUGAUUCGUUUGCCCGAUUUUUAUUAUUGAGGCCGGUGCGGAGACCGUGCUAACUGCGACCUAACAGAGAUUUUACAUAGCAACGGAGCAUGUGAUUUUGUAAUGUCCUCGCGAUUAUUUAAAAGCGACUUAGAAACUGCUUUUACUGCUUCUAGGUAUUCGAUAUUAUAAUAUAUUGAAUAAAUUCGACUUUUUUAAAUAUGUUAUUGCAUUUACCGAUAAAACGUACUGUGGAAGCAAA